AUGCGGGUCCCGCCGCCACAGACCAGGAUCACGCAACACGGAAUCUUCCGCUGGGUCGAUAGAUCUGUGGUCUUUGGGCGCUUGAGUAAGCUGUGUGGCGCCAUGGACAGCGGUGGAGAAGACGACAGCGGCAUUGAACAGCGGCAAGCCGAAGCUUUGGCGGCAGCUAGAAGCCAGGCUCGGUCUGAGCUCGAGUCGGUAUUCUCCGCGCUGUACCCGCCGGAUCUGCCCGAGGAGGACGGCAUGAAGACUUCUCGGAACGAGAGGUUGUCGAAGGGGUACCAAAGCAUCGCUCUCACCUACGGCGAGGUGUCUGCAACAGGGUUUUCAGACAUCUUGGCGAAGGUUCAAGAUUCGUACGGCGGACUGCCGGAGAAAGACGGAGUGUUUUAUGACCUCGGCUGCGGCACGGGGAAGCCGGUGUUCGCGGCGGCGACGAUGCACCCGUGGCAUCGGUGCAUCGGGAUGGAGAUCCUUGGAGACCUGCACGGGAUUUGCCUCAAGGCUUUGGAGCGGUGGGAAGGCGGUUUGAGACAUAAGGUCACUGUCGGGGAGACCAAGGGAGGGGCGGCAGAGAUCGAGUUUGUUUGCGGGGAUUUCACGGUGCUGGAUUGGUCAGACGGAGAUGUGGUGUUCGCCAAUAGCACCUGCUUCGGGGACGACUUGAUGAAGAAGCUGGCCCAGGGAGCGGCUGCGCUGAAGGAAGGGGCUAUCGUUGUCACCAUGACAGACCCGGUGCCUUCUCCGGCGUUUGAAGUGCUCGAGGAGACGGUGAUGAACCAGGCCGGGCGAUGUGCUACGACAUGUUACAUCCAAAGACGUGUGGCGAAGCCCCCCCCGAGCUUUGGGCCGGUGUAG